AUGAUAGAGAAAAACUAUACACAUUGGCUGUAUGGUUUAGUGGAGGACAAUCGAUGUGCCCACUUUAGUCCUAAAGCUGAUGGGUAUGCUGAGUUACAGGUACAGAGACAUGACGUAGUUAAUGGAGUUGGUUAUCUUAUAUACCUGCGUACCAUCUUUGAAGGAUCGUAUGGAUACUUUGUACAGCAUGCUCAGACUAUUGAUGGAGAUCCACCAGAACUAGAAUUAGAAUGUCGCCUAAACUGUAUGAAGAAAACAGCAACAACUUCAAUACUGUCUCUGGUAGCAGUUUGUCCAUCUUGUACAAUGUCAGAACUGACUGAUGCAAAGUUCUCAUGGAAUUUCAAACAUUUUCUUAUUGAUACAAGGAAAGUUGCAGAUUAUCCCAACUGGCAAGACAUGAUGUUAUCAGAUACUAACAACAGACGGUUUGUGAUGAAAGCAGGACUUGCGCAGAACCAAGGUUAUAUUAUAGAGGCUACUAUUACCUUGCUGGGUGGAAGACUGAGUAAGAGUAUGUGGAUUGUAACUACCGAUUAUCUCCCUUAUGGAGGGUCUUGUCGUGUGGAACAUAGUUCUCAUUUUGCUGAUCAAUGGCAAGUGACAGCUAGUGGUUGGAAAGAUGAAGGAUUUAGAGACAGAAGAGAUAAAAGAAUAGAUUGGAAAGAACAGCUUAACUAUCGAAUAGAUCAAGUCAACUCUGAGGACUCAUCUUUACUGUAUUAUGGGUAUGAAGCAGUCAGCCAUAUAAAGAUAAAACCUGGUUUGGAAGUUGACAGUUACACAGUUACAUUAGAAAUACAGAUUUACGAUAUAUUUAAAGAUUAUGCUACAUGUACUUUACAGAUUGGUAAUUUAAGACCUCCUGUUGCAGACGCAGGUAAUAUCCAGGAUAUCUCAGCUUACAUCAAAGAUUCAAGUACUGAUAUAGAAUAUUAUUACCAAACAGGCAGUUAUAAACUGGUGGCAAUGAAUACUGAAGUGGCUGGAGCCACUGUUACUAAUUUGCAAGUACCAGUAACAGCUGUAGAUGUUGACCCCAGUGACUGGGUCAAUCUUGGGUACCAGGAACUGUCUGACGGUAGCACAAGACAAUACAAUUUUGAUGAAUUGUGGGAAAUCUACCAGAAUCCACCACAAGAAGAUUCCACAGAUGUUAUACAACAUGCCUUGUCUAAUUUCUCUAAUGUACUUGAUAAAGUAUCAACUGAAAUGGAGGCUAACUCUAUAACCAACAUACGUCAAAUAGUAACCAGUAUGGGAACAGUCAUAGAAAACAGAGAUUAUGUCAUCAACUCAUCAGCAUCCAAAGCCUUUGAGGGAAAUAGAAGGUUAAUUGAUAAAUUCAUCAACUUAAGUUCGACUGAUGCUUAUCCAAAGUAUGAAGAUUAUAUUUCAACAUCUGAAGGAAUAAUAAGAGUAUUAAGUAAUGCUUUAAAUGGGAUCUUACCAGACUUGUCAGCAGACGUUCCGUCGUCAAUAGAUAUCUAUAGUCUGCAGCAGGAUUUGUCUUUCAAAAAACAAUUUGCUAAAAAUGAAACUAAUGGAACAGAUAUGGUUGACAUGACAACGAUGGAAAGAGCCUACAUAGCAACACAAAUAGCUCUGAAAAAACAACUUAAAUUAGAGGAUAAAAGUCUAGAUGUACAAAAUGAGACUCCAGGAAUAUUCCAAUCCUUGACAUCCCUAGGGACUAUAUUAGAAAUGUUGAAUCACAGGAAACAGUUACCAGUCUAUGUGAAGAAAGAAGGAAUUAGUACCAGUAUGGAUAACAAGACCAUUCCAGAUAUACUAAAGGAUGGUAUUUCUCAGGACUCAGUCGACUUAGAAUUCACUACAUCCAGUGUAGAUAUUGCUGAGGAACAGAAAGUUCAGAUUACAGUGUUUGAGAACAAUCCAUUUUCCUGGGACAAAACUGAGUCUAAAUUUAUUUCCUCUGAGACCAUCUCUGUGUCAAUAGGCACUGAUGGAAACAUGGUUGUACCUUCUAAACUCAAGUUUCAAAAUUCUGUGGGGUCAUCUAAUGGUCUGACAGUCCAGAUAGCCAUACCCUCAGAUGGGGAAAUGAGUCAGAAGAUCAUGUAUAAAAUGUAUUGGAGGAAUCCAGAAGACAGUAUCAUAGUGGGUAUAGGUAAUGCAGAAAGUUCUCUCGAACAUGUUGUAUAUAUCCGGAAAGAUUUACAUCCCUCCGAGUCGGUAUAUGAUUUAAAGAAAACGGUGGACUCUGGACAUUGGACGUCUGCUGAAUCAUUUAGUGUGUUAAUAAGUGGAGGAUUAUAUGAUGAGACAGCUUUAGUUUAUAUAGGGAUAUUUUUAGAAUCAGACAGUAAUUCUACUGCAACAUCCAGAAAGAGAAGGUCAGCCCUGGAGCAAAAUACUACUGUCAUAGAAUAUUCUGUCUUGGCUACUACAACAGGGUGUCGUGUGUGGGACGAUGUCACACAGCUAUGGGAGAAAACAUCUUGUCAGCCCUCAUCAGAGUCCACAGUAAAUGAGACUGUCUGUUUAUGUAGUAAUCCACCAGGGAAUAACUUUGCCACAACAUUCUACGUACCACCAAACACUAUUGACUUCAGUUCAGUGUUCUCUAAGUUUGACAUCAGUAACUCAGCUGUAUUGUUCACUAUAAUCAGCAUCAUAGUCCUGUUUCUUCUAAUAUCUAUCUGGGCCUUCAGACAGGACAAAAAAGAUCCAGAAAAGUGGGCCAUCUCCUAUUUAGUUGACAAUGCUCCCACAGAUGAAUACCUUUAUAUGAUAACAGUAUACACAGGACUAAAUAGAAAUGCAGGGACUAAAUCUAAUGUUAGAUUUGUGAUCUCUGGGGAGAAAAAAUCAACAGAGGUUAGAUAUCUUGAUGAUGGACAAAAUAAGGGUUUUGGGAUAGGCAGUACAAGGAGAUUUGUAAUGAGUGUUGCCCAACAAAUACACAAUCCUGCAUUCUUACAAAUAUGGCAUGAUAAUACCGGGAAAGGUGGUGCUGCAUCAUGGUACCUAAAUAAAGUCUUGUUGGAAGAUGUACAGACAGAGGAAAGAUACCUGUUCCUGUGUAACGAGUGGCUGUCAUUGGACCAUGACGAUGGUAAAAUACAGAGCAUCAUCCCUGUCGUGGAUACAAAAGAAACCAAACAGUUUUCUUUUCUUUUCAACGAGCAGACACGAGAAAAUACUACAGACAGCCAUCUUUGGUUGUCAGUUGGCCUUCGCCCAGAACCAAGUAAUUUCUCUCGACUACAAAGAUUAGCUUGCUGUCUGACAUUACUGUUUCUGACCAUGAUUUCUAAUGCUAUGUUUUAUGGCCAGGGAACAGAGUCCAGCCAGGUGUCAUUAGGACCAUUGAACUUCAGUUUAGCAGGGAUUUAUAUAUCCUUCAUCAGUUUAUUGUUAACAAUUCCAGUGAUGUUGAUGAUAACAUAUUUAUUUAGAAAAUCUUGUCACUUGAGGAAAGACACAGCCAUGUCAGACAUGGAGAGAUUGACAAUAUCUAAUGGAGGAGAUGAACGUACAUUACCAUGGGGAUGUCAGAUCAUAGCAUGGGCUUUAGUUGUAUCUGCUGUAGUCCUAUCUGGAUUCUUUGUUAUAUUGUAUAGUAUGGAAUGGGGCAAGACCAAGUCAGAACAAUGGCUUCUAUGUUUCUUCCUCUCAUUCUUUGAAUCUAUGUUUGUGAUGGAUCCAUUAAAGAUAAUUGUUAUCUCUACAGUUUUUGCCUACAUAUCUAGAAGAGCAAAACAAGAAAACAAUGUUGUAUACAACAAGGAAUUAUUACUAGAAGAAAUCAAGAAGAAAGCAGCUUCACCCGUGUCUUAUUUUAUUGAUACAUUUAGAAAAGAGUCUUCUCCAUUAAAUCCAGAUAUUGUCUCCAAACUGAAGGUACAGAGAAAGGAAGUAUUAAAAGCAGAGCACAUCUUUACAGAGUUAAUUCUGUAUGCUGUAUUUCUUACCGUACUGUAUCUGAUCAGCUUCAGUAACCGGGAUGUACAAUGGUAUUACUCCAAACAACAUAUUGAGCAACAAUUGGUCGUCAGUAACAAGGACAUUAUAUCAUGGGACACAAUGAGGUUUGAAAAUGUCAAACAACACAUGUAUAUAUAAGUAAAAUCAACUGCAGAUUUUUACACCUGGCUGAGUGAUACACUGGUCCCUUUCGUCUUUCCUAAACAAUCUUACUAUGCAGAGAACCUGACAGCCUACUACAGACAAUACUUACAGGACCAGGUUAAUUUCAGAUUAGGAC